AUGAAUAGACGAGCGCGCCAAUUUGAUCCUGACACCGGACAAGUCUUCCAUGAGCAGCAGCUAUCAGCCACCUUACUUGGUCGACAUGUCAGCCGUGACGCCUGCAAUUGGCAUCGUGUCACCCCACAGACGUCUCAUGUUAGUGGCCUCCGGAUCAAUCCUCUAAAAACCAUGUGCUUGAAUGUCUUGCGGAAUAAUGUCGGUCUCCUUGAGGAGGAUACCCUACAAAACGUGCCCGACCAACUGCUCUGCGAACUAUGGGCAUACCUCAAAGACACCCAAGAACCUCAAGGAAUCAUGUCCUUUCAGGCCUGGAAGGUAUUCGUCAGGUCCUUAUCCGGGAGACGAGAGAUCGAUAUCCAUGGCCAGCCAAGUACACAGCGGCAUGCUUUCAGAGAAAAUGAAUGCUUUACAUUGCGCAACUAUUUUCGUCAAAUCUCAGACCUGGCAGGACCCCUAGAACAGUAUGUUGGUCCUCUAAUUUCGCCAGCCCCUUUUGGAUUCAUUACGCAUUUGACCAUCGCCCCCGGUGCCUCGUUUGCAACCAGUGAGUUCUUUGUCCUGACCAAGAUGAAGAACCUCGGCGUGCUCGAAUUCGUCCAACCGCAGAACGAGAACCUGGCUGCAAUCUUUCCUCGGAUUACCGACAGCGUAGUGAGGGAAUGGUCCCAGGCAGUCGACCCAUUUCCAUGCUUACGAAUCCUGAGAAUCUGGGGAGAAGAUUUCACGACUUACAGGUCGAUAGACUACGUUACUCGGCUCCCAGCACUUGGCAUCUAUGACGUUGCGGGCCGCCGCGAGGACUGGAAGUCCGACGUCGCGCACCAUUCAGCUUGGCAGCGCAUAUACAGCAGGUCACACAGUAUUCAGGAGAACGCUCCCCGCUUUGAUGAACAUGGAAAGCUUGUGAACUCGGGCCACAGGUCUGAAUGGGUACCGAGCCUUCAGGGGAAUUGGGCUGAGGAGAGCUACGCUUACUUAGGCUUGUUGUGGAAGGACCGGGACUUGGAAGAUCAAAACCGGGAGAUCCAUGUUAGAGGGACGCUCUUGCGCGAGAAGACAUCUCGCCCGUCGCUGCCGUACGCCUCGAUUGGCUUAGGGAAUACCCAUAGUUGCUAUGACCUCGGCGAGAACCGUCGCAUGACAUUCUUGAGAUCUAAUCCGUGGCUCUCGGAUCCUGCUCCCACACCACGGAAGCGAGCAGGCGAUGAGGAUAAACGAAGCCGUCGAACCAAAGCUACCAAGCUGCGAGGGGUGAACGAUCUACUCUCACAGUUUGCCACAGGAUGA